GGGACCCUCGUACUCGCCCAUCAAGAUAAAAAUACCAUUCCUCGACGUACUCCUCUUUUUGAAUUUAACAACGAAGCUUCCUCAGGAUCAAAACUGUUUGCCCCCGUCCAAAAAUGGCAGUCGAAACAAAAUCUCGCUUAUGCCGCUACAAACGUGAAUGUCGGAGAUAGCAGACCUCAAAUGAGUACACUAUCGGGGCACAGCGGAACGGAGGAUCGCCUUAGAUCAGAUUUCGAUCAACCAUCUUUCUCUUUGGGCCUGACUCAAGAGAAAGAUGCUUUACCCUCGCGUGAACACGAUCAGAUGGGAGAGAAUAAUACUCAUCAUGGUUUGGAGACGCAUCUAGAUACUUUCCUCUCUCGAAAAAGCAAGCGUAUCAAGACAGUCCCACAGUAUUUACUUAGCGGUUACCAGUGCGGGAGUAGCAUACUUAAUCGUGCUCGAGAAGGUCAACUUUGUGGGGGUAGCUAUUAUGAUAUGUCGGUUGUUCGUGACAAGUAUGCUCGACUGUCCACACUACUUAAGAAACCUUGUUUUAUAAACGUUGGUGGACUCUCGGUUACCCAUAAAGACCUUAUUGAUAUAGCGGACAGAACUCGUUUGUUACCUGGCAAGGCAAGUUAUUAUUUUAAAACUGAUCUACGGAGAAGUGGAGUAUAUUUAUGACACCAGCUAACUGUAAAUUCAGGUCGUAGAUAUUCUUAUGAGGGUUGUCCGAUCCACCUUCGAUAAUCAUUGUAUCGGUAAAGUGGACAUAAGUGCUGCGUUUCUGGACAGUCGGUUUGCAGCAUUGUUGUGUAGGAACCAUGCAAAAUUCAAGAAGCAAAAGAAUAAGGGUGCUUUCCUAUUCAGCAAGAGUCUAGUAGAUGGGCUCGCUAAUAGCUGUCAGGCUUUUACCCCUGGAACCCGUUUUUACUUUCCAAUAUGCAUCAGAAAAGAGCACUGGAUAGGAUUAUGUCUGGAUUUCAGUGCAUCAAAGCUUUAUGUUUUUGAUUGCAACCCUGACUUAAACGAGGAUUCUGCACUUCGGCAAUCUCUUCUGCCUAUCUCAGAAAUGUUUCCUCUACUGGUAAAACAAUCUUCCAUAUCUAUUGCGGGUGUUGAUACUCCCCUGAUUGUAGAAAGGAUUCAAGGUGUUGCCAAGAAUGAAAACCCUGGCGAAGCGGCUAUCACAGCAACCCUCCUGAUUCAAACACAUUCCUUGUUUGGUUCUGACCCAUGCCGUGGGAUAACUCCGUCAAUUAUCACCGAUGAAGCACAUAGAGCGGCUGUUAUGAUAUACGAGUUUCAUGCCAAGUUGUAGGACGACUUUCUUUUUUACUGAGGAUCUAAUAUUAUAUGUUACUGCUAUGUAAUGCUU